ACGGGCUGAAGCAGCAGCAGCAGCUCAACGAGCUUUCCGCAUCCACGCACAAGUCCACGGGACGACGCGGAGCGACUGCUAGUGGUGCGCCCCCCAUGGCCGGAAUUCGCCGCCGCCGUGGCGGAAGGGAGCCGUCGCCGCAGCAGGGCGCCCAGUUCUCGCCGCUGGCAGAUGCCACUCACAGCACCAGAGAAGUUACCAUUGUCGAGAGGCCUUCUAAGAACGCCUGCCACGCCUCUGGCUCUACCUCAUCGACUUCAUCUGGACCUCAUGUUUGUGCAGAUCUCCUGGACAGCCUGCUUCAUGAAAUCAUUAUUCUCAUUAACUCAUUCCAUGACUUCCUUGCUUUUAUUGGCACCUGCCGUUCUUGGCGCGCUUCAGUCUCUUCCUUCCCAUCUGUGUGUACCUUCAGCUUCCCGCCUCUCCACUUCGAACCUGAUGGUCCUUAUUUUCGUCCACAUAGCAGAGGUAUCAAGCCCCUCCUUUUAUCCAAUUGCAAAUGGCAGCUCAGUGAUCCUAGCAAGAAAAACUUAUCCCUUCGAUGUUCAGUGCCUCAAAAUACUCCAAAUAAAAUGUACUAUUUAGGCUGCUCAUACGGUUAUCUUAUCUUCACCUGUAAGGAGCACUGCCUCCUUGUUGAUGCCUACACUGGUGCCAAGCUGAAGGCCCCCAAACUCCCAUGCAACAACAAACUUGGCUUAAGUUCUGGCAUAGGCGUCCUUACGGCUCCGUUCAGCUCACCCAACUCGCGCCUCCUCCUUUUCUCGAAGGCUUUCAUGUUUGCGUGGCAGGUUGGAACAAACUCCUGGUCAGUGCUUCCUCUUGCUCUUGGUCAUGAACGCAUCCAUCAGAUUGUGUUCUUCAAAGGUCAUAUCCUUGUCAUAGAUACUCUUCUGAGACUUCACACUGUGCAAUUAACACCUAAUUUUAGCAUUAAAAGAGUAAAAAUUAUGUGGGAGUUGCUGUGGAACCUGCCUGUUAACCCAUGGUUGGUGGCAUGUGGUGACAUGCUUCUCAUGGUUGACCUCUCAUUUCGCUCGCUUUGCUCUGAUGAGAAGGAUGAUUUUUCUAGAAUCUUUGAGGUCUUUCACCUUGACUUUUCAGUCAAGCCAGCUAAGUGGGUGAAGAUGGAGAAGUUGGAAAAUCAAGCUCUGUUUGUUAGCCUUGAUAAGAGGAAUCCUGCAUUUUGUUGCAUGAACCCAGAAAGAUGGGGAGGAAGGAGUAACUGCAUUUAUGUUGCCAGGCUAUUUGAUGAUCCUGAUGAAACUUGGACUGCAGUGGAGCUUGGUCAGUCAGUGCCUUGCCACAGCACAAUUCACAGCAUGGUGUAUGGUUUGUCAUUCCCGCCGGACUACAGUCAAAUAGGUAGCCUUUGGCUGUUUCCCAGUUUAGUUUACGGUGCUAGACAGUGAUCCUGUUGCAGCCUAGCCUUGCAGGGUUCUGGUGCUAGUCCUGCACAGGCCCUGGCAAUUGCUGUUAUCUUAAUUUUAAUUCGUAAGGUCAGAACUGUUUCCUGAGUUGCCACCAGUUUUAUGUGUUAAAGUACAUUUGGUAUGCAUUGGCAUGCCUGGUAAUUUGGUGAAGAAUUGACAUCAGAGUUGCACUUCCAUUUGUCA